AUAAUGGAAAUAAAUGGCAUUUCUAAACUAGCUUUAUGUUGGUUUAAGACAAUGGACACCUGACAAAAUUUUAGCUUGAGCAAACGCGAUGCAAAAAGGACAUUUGUAUAUAAACCAAUAUAUCAACUUUGCAACACAAAUCAUUUAAUGAAAGUGACUGAGUAAAAACAUCUCAAACCGAUGGAGAUUGUUGACUGACUCGCCCUUCACAGAAGAGAUGAAGAUUGUCGUGUUUGCUCUUCUCCUCUCAGCUCAUUGUGAGUUGACAACAGCUCUGAUAAAACAACACUUUUAUAGUGGUACUAAAUCUCUGACAUGGACACAAGCUCAAAGCUAUUGCAGAGUCUACUACUAUGACCUGUCCAGUCUUGACAGCCGUGAGGAAAUUGCAGCAUUAAGCGCUAUAAGCACAAGCACACUUUUUAUUUUAAACCCAUUCAUCUGGGUUGGUCUGCGACUGAUCUCUGCAAAUAACUGGCAAUGGAGUAAUGGAGCCAAUAGCAGUUUUAUCAUCUGGGCACCUGGAGAACCAAACGAACCAGGCGGUGACAUCUGUGCUGCAUAUAAAAAUGGCAGUUUGUAUGACUUCCCCUGUACUGAUUCAUACUCUUACUACUGCUACAAAUGGGACCCUAAACUGAUUGUGGUUAAAGAGAAUAAGAGCUGGGAGGACGCGUUACAAUACUGCAGGACUCAUCACACUGAUCUGGCCAGUCUGCCAACAAAAUUCCAUCUCAUGCAAGCCAAAGAAGCCACUGCUGAUACAUCAAGUGUGUGGACAGGUCUACGGUUCAUGGCACGCUCAUGGUUCUGGUUAAGUGGUGAGAGUCUGGGAUACGUUAGUGCCCAGCUGCCAGCCUGUCCUGCCAAAAACAUCUAUUGUGGAUCUCUUAACCUAAAAGCUCAGAGCUGGGAGAUCAGAGACUGUAUGGAGGAACUUAACUUUGUCUGCUAUUAGAAAGAAGGGCUUUAAGAAGAUUGCAGGGAAAAGCAUGACUGUCUAGAUAGAUAUUCAUUUUAUUCAAAAUAAAAAUAGGCUAAAUUAACAGAACUUUACUCAGAAGUAGUGCAUAUGUGCAUAUUUGAUCUGAAUAUGUAUUUUCUUUGUUACUGAAUUUAAAAACGUGCAAUUAUUCUGCAUAAUUUUGUUUAUUGUGCUUUUAUUUAACCCAAGCAAUGCGAUGAUGCAUACAAUUCACUGCAGUUAUUAAAUGCUUAAACUGAGAAAUACACUUUACAAAAUUUGCUGUAAUUAUGCAGCUGGUUGCCAGUAAUUUACUGUAGAAGAUAAAGACUGAAAAUGUUUCAUUUUCAUUUAACUUUGAAGAAACUGUUGCCAGUAAAUAACAUAAAAGUAAAAUCUACAGUAAGUUACUGGCAGCUAGUUGCCAGUAAUACCCAGUAAUGCUGUAAUUUCUACAGAUUUUUUUACAGUGUACCGUACCUUAUAAGUUAUGUGCUAUAUUGUAUAUCUUUUAGCCUAUCUUUAAACAAUGGUGCGUGUGUGUACUAACCGAUGUAAGAGAGGUUUGUUAAUAUAAUAUUAUUUAAAAAACAGUUAUGUAUUAGAUUAAAAAUGCUUUGAAAAUAUAAGAUUGUAGGACAAAAAAGGCAGAGCCAAAAGAGCAAUGACAUAUAUCUGCUCAAAAUCUCCUGUCAUCAGUCAUGUUUAACUUGUGUCUCUCCAUGAUAUAAAUCCAUGAUUUUACAUCUUUGUUUAAAACUGUUUUUAACUUUGCUGUUAAGUUUUAUUUUGUCUUUACUUGUAUAUGUAUAUUAAUAAAGUACUAUUAUAAUAAUC